UUUGCAGGCGCCCUCUGUGCUCUUGCCUGCCUGUCUUCUGUUUUCUCCCAGCUGUUCUUGGAUUGGAGAAGUUGCUCGCAAUAUGGGGAACAUGGCUUGUGUUCCCCAGGCACCUGGGAGGUUCAGAUACUCUUUCUCCAGGAAGCCUUCGCUCAGGAAAGAACCAGAGAGCAAGAAAAAGCUGGCCGGCCUUUUUGGCUUAGAACCAGGACAGGAGAGAGAUGUCACCUCAGACAAGAUACUCCAGUAUAUUCCUGGAAAGAAUCUCACAGGCCAGGAAAAUGAGAAGGAAAACUUUGACCAGCGUUUCCCAUCCCUUUUCAAGAAGGGCCGGAGGAAGACAGUGGUGCGGAACCUGGGGAAAAUUAUCUAUUACUCCAAGGUCAAAUUUAAGUUUCAACACUGUCAGGAGGUGAAUGACUGCUACUUAGAACUUUUCCAAGCUUACCUCUAUUUUCAAUCCCUUGGUCCCAAUGGACUCACCUAUCAGGGACUGCUGCCUUUGAAAGAGCUCCAGUUGAACGAACUUGAAAACCUAAAGGGGACCGAGGAGGAAGUUCAUGCUUUCCGAAUUACAGGUCCCUUGCUGAACCCAUUGAUCGUCUACUGCCCCAACAGGUCAGAGCUGAACCGCUGGCUUUACCACUUAGAGAAACAGAUCCAUUUAAAUGGAGGCAACCUCGCCUUGCCCUUCCUGGCUCAGAACGACUGGAAGCAAAGCUCCAUUGGGAGAGAGCAGCUCAGGUGGUCAGUUCAGAACGCCCCUGUCCGGGAAUGGAGAGGCACCCAGCGGGAGUCUCUGGGUGACAUCCUUUGCGUCUCUAAAGUGAAGCUGCAGCAUUUGCCCUGCCAGGAACAGCACGACCGCCUGUUGAUCCUCUAUCCUUCCACCCUGGUCAUAGUAUCUGAAGAACGCAAUGGCCUGUACUUUAAGGGAGAAUUACCUUUGAAUGCAAUCCAAGUGCAGUUUGAAGAAAACCAGAAGACCUCUUUUCUAAUAGAAGGCCGAUUAAUCAACUCCAUUCGGGUGAUUUGCCCCAGUUACGAAGAUUACCAAGAAUGGAUGUACUGUCUUAAAACAGCUCAGUUCCGAAACGCUGACUCCUCCCUUUCCGGAUCUGAAAGCUUCUCAGGACCAAAACCAUCACAUCUGGGUCUGUUCUCAGGCAGUGGGCGAGGUUCGCUCAACUCCGAAGGCCGAACAAACUCCUGGGCGUCAGGAGGGAAGGGAGCGACUUCCACUCACCACUCCCAGAACAGCACGGCUUCCCUGUCUGAGAGGCAGUCUUUGGGUGUGAUGCCUGAAGGCCGGCUAGGAGAAGACUGCCUGCCUCAACCUGGCCAUUGCCCGGCAAACCCAGUCUCCAUGGCGACAGGCGUGCCGAAACCUGAACUGAAAAGGAAAGGGAGUUCUCGGAAGUCCAAAAGCAAAAGUGGACAGCAAGCGCAGCAGCCUCAGACCAGCAACCAGGACUCCGAAAGGAGCCGCUUUCAACUCCCUCCUGAGCAUCCCACUGGAGAAGUUUUGUCUCCCGUGUAUAAUGAACCGUACACAGCCCUGGUCCACAGGCAACACCCGGGUGUUCCUCCACUGCACCUGGACGUAAACCAUAUGAAACAUUGGAAUUUGCCAAGAAGUCAGAACUGUACUGAGCCUGAACACCUGGAAAAGAAACCUCUGUCCUGCUCCCCCAUGUAUGCUGACCCCUAUACGCCUACCUCUCCCUCUUCGCACCAGGCAGCGGAUUGCAAUUUCCUAGAAGAGUUCUUGAAACGCCAUGGUCAGACUGGCUUGGAGCAGCCAAAUGGCUACCCGGCCAUGCCAGUGUCUGUCCCUGUAUCCCAUCAUCCUCCGCCGCAGAAGAAGAACUCCCCUCUGUUACCCGGCAACCACUGGCGAGAGCCAUCUGCGACAAAGAGGUUCAGCAUCCCAGGCCCCAGUUUGAAUUUCCCAGUGAUGCCUCCUUCAGACCUGGACUAUUUGGCAACAAGCACCUUGUCGAGGGAUGAAUUUCCAGCACCUUCCUUGCCAGGUUCAGAUGAAAGCAUUGGAGCGUAUGACCUGCCUGAAAACGGACGGGAACGGCUUGAUUCGGCCUAUCAUGAUUACGCUGAGCUCCAGAGUUUCCAAAGUGACUUCAGUUACGACAACAUCUGGGAAGCGAAGGAGACGGCAUCCCGGAGGAUUGGCCCUGUCUCCGAGCAGGAGAUUUAUCAUUGCUGAAGGACGCUGACUUAAGCCACCAAGAAUAGUUAUUCUCAGCCACCCCAGAAAGAACUCGGCCGCUUGCUUGCCCCACGAUGCUCUGCUUACUUGCCCAGUGUUGUGAGCUCUGGGCUACCCAAGACUCAGGAUUCUGGAAAUAGCAGAUUUUUGUUUCUUAGAGAAGGCUAUGAUUCACCCCAGCAACUUCUGGACAUGGUUGCUGCAGCUAUCUAACGCCUUGAAAGGUUGUGUGAAAAGGGAGUCUGAAAUUCCAGGGGGAAGGCUCCCUUGCCUGCUGACUCUUCGUAUCUAUAAUCUGAGGUUAGACUUUGUACCCUGGAAGGGUGGGGCUCUGUGGCAGAGUAAAUGCCUUGCAGAAAGUCUCAGGAUCAAUCCCAGAGGUUUUUUCCAGUUUGAAAAUCUCAUGGAGCAGGGGGUGGGGGAAACUGCUGACCGUUCCUGGACCAACAGCCAGAACCUUUACGAGGCAGCUUCAUCUGUUCAUAAAACUCUUGAUAUGAAGGAAGGGGUGGAUUGGGGAAUGUCCUGCACGAGGAACAAGAAGGAAAGCCAGCCAUCGGUAUAAAAGAGGCAGAAGGCCGUUCAAGGCGAAGGAUGGGGUGCUCCUUGUGGGUGUCCCUAGGAGAGUUGGAGGAAGAGCUAUAGACCCAGGAAUGGUCCCAGACAGACUUCCUUAGCCCUUCAGUAUUCAGGAUUUAUGGAUGUGAAACCCAGUAGCCACAGGAGUGUUAUCAGAGCCCAAGGAAUCAUAGAUCCAGAGGAAACAUAGAUCCAGAGGAAUCAUAGAUCCAGAAUCCUAAGCACUGAAAAGUCUGCAAAACUUCACAGUCUCAUUGGUGGUGCUGGAUCAGGACAAAAUAAAGACACCGGAUUGAGUCAGCAGUUGGGAAUAAGGAAUAGAUUAAACUAAAGAGGGUGUUGACAAUGGGAGAACACAUUUGACAGCCAUUUUAUUUUUUUUAGCCCUUUCAUAGAUGUGACCACCAAAGUUCAGCCCUGGAAACAUGUUUGAGCCUUGAGCAUGUUAAAGAAAGAUAUGCCUCUGGGCAUGUGCAGAGUCUCCAUGGCUCCAGGAAUUACUAAUCUUUGUGUGACCAAGGGUCAUGGGGAAGUUUGGUAGGCUGAAGUGCCUCUGGGUAUGCACGUGGGUGGAAACAGCAAAUUAGUCACAAAGAGCACAGCGCUGUCUGUCCAUGAACGGCAAACAGUGCUAUGGGGGGAGGAGAAGGGGGGGUUGGUGGGAUGGAGCUGAAGCUGGGGACAAAUCUCCAAAGGUGGUUUUCCGUCCCAUGGAGAGAGCAUGCAAAUAAGCUGUCUUCUUUCCUCCAACUUCACCAUGCAGUUCAAGCGCUCUGGAUUCCAAAUUCUGAAAUGCACAAUUGCCGAUCGGGAAGUCAUUGGCGGAGCCUCUUUACUUGAACUUCUGUUUAAAUAUUUGACAAAUUAAAUGUCCAACAAAGUUUACAAGUCAUUUCUUAGCUGGCUACUUUUAUUUACUAUGUAAAUGUGGGUGCUCUGGGGGAGGUACGUGGAAAGGGAGAAGAAAUCCUAUUUAAUUUUUGUAAUCCAGGCAGCGAGCCGUGCUUCAGCGUUACUGCCCUGGGGCUGGCGGCUGUUAUAUUAUUUUAAUUCUUAGGUGUACUUUUUGUACUUCAAGGGUCGAUGAGAGGGCGUGGAUCCAACAGCAAGGAGGGCAGGAGAUAUUUAUGAAGGGGAAGCCGGUGUCCAAGGAGGGCUAGUGUCCUAUGGACGUGGCUGAGAGCACAGCUGUGUUUGAGCAGAGUUCAAAGAUCUUUUGGGGACACUGUGUAUGUGUGUGCGUGUGUGUGUGUGUGUGUGCAUGAUGGGGAAUAUACCAAGGUUAAAAUGUAUAGGACUCCAGUGGUGUACAGUUCUCUUGACAAUGUCUUCGAAGACCAUGCUUCUAAUAAAGUUAAUAUAUCUAA